AACUUUCGCUUUUCCUCCUAAAAGUUCUUCUCUUCUCGUUUCUUUCUUUGGCGAAUCGUUUCAUUUUCCGGUGAUCCUCAUUGCUCGUCGUUCAGGAUCAAGGGUCGUUCGGAGAGCUGGUAGGUUCUUUGUCAUCGCUAGGCUAGUAAGGAAGUUACAUCACCGAAUGUCAGUGUUAAAGAUUCCCGGGACGCGAUUGAGUCGAGCUUCGAUGAGGGGCGGUCUUUGACAAAGGACACCUCUUCGCCUUACGGAGAAAAAGAAGCUUCAAGAAGAGAAUUACGAUCAAGAGCAGCUCGAGAGAGGCGAAAACAGUGUUCGGGGACAUUUGGAAACAGAACCAGGCCCAAAAUGGAAGCAAGCCGCGUAGCCCACGAAGAAACGGAUCUGAAGCAUCUUACCCAUGGACGCUUUGCAAAGCUAAGACUUAUCGACGCUGGAAGUUUCACCGGAAAAUUUCUAAAACCUUCGUUAAGCUUCGAGGCAGCAAGAUGGUUGAAUACGCUUCCCAAUGGCCAUUUUAAGACAUGGGAGGCACUCCAUCAGGCAUUUAUGCAUGAGUACUUUCCUCCUUCAGCCAUUGUAAAGAUUAAGAACUCGAUCCAAAACUUCUGCCCAGCCCAAUCAGAGUCCCUAAGUGAAGCGUGGGACCGAUUUAAAGAGCUAAAGAUUAAGUGCCCUCCGGCACUAAAGGAAGCGGAUAGUUUAAUGUUCUAUUUCUACCAAGGCUUGUUGGUUCCGCCCAAGAAAGAACUCGACCAUUCCUCUAAGGCCGGGUCUUUUCUUGAGAUGGCUCCCGAGGAGAAUGAAGAGCUAGUGGAGCGUCUAACCUCCAAUGCUAAGUAUCGAUAUGAUGACCGAGGUCCUCAUCCUAAGGCUGGUAUGUAUGAAGUUGAUCAGUUCACAGCUCUCAAGGCCAAUAUGGAGAGUAUUGUGAAACAGACACUCAAAGAGCAUUUGGGAGCAUCCAGCUCUCGUAACAACCACCAUGCCGAACCGGUGAAUCAGACAGAAUCUUAUACUCCUGGUAUGUAACGCCCCGAAAUCUGGCCCAAAAGAAUUAAUUAAAUUCGUUAGAGCAAUUGAUUACGAAUUGGGCCUAAAAAGGGGUUAAAAUUAUAAUUUGGAUUCUAAGCCCAACUCUUAUGUCAUCUCGUAGGAAAUAUUUUUGUGAUCACGUCGGUUCAAACGACUCGCGAAUCGGAGUAAUGGAGCUCAUGUUAUCGCCGUUUAAUCAGGUAUUUUGGGUCCGGAGCCCAAUCCUUCUAGGAAUGGGAUCAUUAAAUAAACUUAAAACCCUAAU